AAGCUAUGACGCUCCACUAGCUGUGACCUGAGCGCGAGAGAAAAGAUUCUAGAGAUGUUGAAGCAACACAGUAAGCAGAGAUUUAUGUGAUAUAACUGGAAAGUGGACUUAUACGGACUUAGUUACAAAAGGAGGACUUCUUUCGCGCCUUUGUCGCUUAAAGGAGUUGGAAGGAUGUCAUCGUCUCCAUGUGAGCACAUAAGUCAUGACGUAGAAACGACCUUUCUGGAGAGCCACUCGGAGGACGAGGUCAAAGUCCCUAUAAAUCAAUUAUAUCCGUACAUUCGUUGUGCACUUUGCUGCGGUUUCUUCAUCGAUGCGACCACCAUCACAGAGUGCCUGCACACAUUUUGCAAAACCUGCAUCGUGAAGCAUUUCUUCCAUAGCAACAGGUGUCCAACAUGCAGCAUCGUGGUUCACCAGACACAGCCUCUUUACAACAUCAGACCAGACAGGCAGCUGCAGGAUAUUGUUUACAAAAUGGUUCCCUUCCUGGAAAAGUUAGAAAGAGAUCAGCGGUGUAACUUUUACAAAGAAAGAGGACUGCCGGUGCCAAAACCAGCGACUGUUUCGCCUCAAGUUCCUGUUUUGAUGAAAAGGCAAAAGCGAGAGCUGUUAUCGCCGAAAGCAUUUACCAUGCCUCCGGAGCUCAACGUAUCUCUGCUCCUGGAGUUUGUCGGAGCUGAAAAGGGAAUACACGACUUUAAGCCACUAGAGCGGCGGUAUGUUCGUGUGUCUGGAGAAGCCACCGUUCGCCACGUGGAGCUGUUCAUUCGUAGGAAGAUGGAGCUGAGUCCUCUGUGUCAGGUGGACGUGGUUUGUGGAGAUCACCUCCUAGAUCACUAUCAGUCACUGAAAGACAUCCAGAACUCUCUGGGUCAGGAUGCUCUUCAGGAUGGUCUGUUGGUGCUUCACUUUGGCUUGGUUCUGCCGUCUUAGCCUUGAACACACAGUUCUACGUCUGAACUGACUGAAUGGCCUUUGGGUUUUUUUUUUUUCUUUUCUCAAUGAGAAGUUAGUGAAUACCUCAGUAAUCAUCUAAUUACAUACCUGGAUGUAAUGCUGGAACUUCCAAGGAAGCAUUUGAUUAGAUGUUGAAGCGAAUGUAGGCAUGUUGGUGGGUUGCUACAAAUGCAGAAGUGUGUUUACUGUUAGCGUGCAGGUCACGGGUGUCAUUAACUGAUACGUUUAGCGUUUACAGGAUGUAAGGGCUGCUGUAGCUAAAACCGGGCUGAACUGUUAUAUUUCUGGAGCUUUUUAAGCCUCUUAAAGCAACACAAACGGCCUCUGAUCUUUUGUAGACCCGUCUCUUUUUUUGUGAUUUAAUAAAGCUGUGAUUUAAAGGGCUACCAUUACCAAAGGGUUUAUUACUGAAAAUUAAACACUUAGUACUUAGAUUUCUAUUGUAACUAAUGUUGUUUGAAAAUAAAACAAAAAAAAUGUGUUGUCACUGAAACUGAAA